AUGACAUCAGACCUGCUCAGUCUUGCCGCUAGCGCUCCUGGCUGUCCUGUACCAUUCCUGGUCAUGUUCACAGGACCACACGGUACCAGUGAGAUUGUUGACGAGUAUGAAACUGUGCUACUGGUUGCGAGUGGUUUCGGGAUCGCCGCAACAAUUCCGUAUCUGAUGAAGAUGAUACAUGGUUAUAAUACCUGUACACUUCAUGUCCGUCGGGUGCAUUUGGUAUGGCAGAUAGAAUCAAUUGAAAUGGUCAGCGCAGCCGAGGACCUGCUCAACCCCCUCCUGGAGGACGAUAUUAUAGAUAAAGGCUAUAUUCUCAGCAUUUCAAUCUACGUCGAAAGAGGGCUUGCUCAUGAUAAGACGCCAAUAGGAAAACAUGAAAGAGCCUGCUUUUACCAAGGUGUACCCGAUUAUGACAACAUAGUCUCGCUCGAGGCAUCGGGGGACCAAAUCGAGAGGCUACCGAACAUUCGCGAUGAGCAAGGCCGGACCUUGGUGAUGGUUUCAGCGGCAGGCAGGUAUAGAGACCAGAUCCGAAAAACCGUCAAGGGCUUUUUGCAUCAUGGUGUGAGGCUUUCGGAGCUGGAAUACCAGCCGGAGUAA